AUGUUGAAAAUUACCACCCACAAGGCUUUAUUUAGAACCGGUUCGCGCUCCGUUCAGGCUGUCCGGCAUGCAUCCAGCGCGUCGAACGCCUCUGAGCCCACCUCGGAACAUGCUGUGGAGCAGGAAUCUUCCAACGAGGUGAAACAACCGAAAAGAGCCCGCAAGAACUACAUCUCCACUCUUCCUCGUGUUCCGAGCACAAACAACAUCCGCGAGAAAGAUCUACUGUUGGAGCAGUUCUUCAACGGCCACCUGCCGCUGACCAAGCCGAUAGAACACAACCAUCCCGCCAAGCCUUCGCUCUCUUUCUCCCCGCACGCCUACAAGAACUCCAAGGUCCAGAACUCGUCUAUUCUGAACAACCUGAGCAAGUACAAGCAGAUCAAGCGCGAGCAGGCUGACAAAAAUUACCAUCCGUUCUACAGUGGCCACAAGAAGACGCAAUCUGCUGGUAUUCUGACCCAUAGCUCGCUGGAAACGCAAGAACACAACCUCGAGAUGCUCAACCUGCCAACUAGCUAUUUGCAGUCGCUCAAGCCGUUCAAACUGCCUCCGACCCCGGGAAACGAAACAUAUAGAGACGACAUGAUCUACGUGCGCAAGCUCGAGAUCGAGGAGCGCGACCUCAAGUUGCAACAGGAGACAAAGAAACGGGUCUCUGAGAACUUCGAGCUGGCCAAGCGCGGCGAAAAACAGCUCGAGCAGCAGGAUAUCGGCGAAUUUCUGGACGCCAUCAAACGGGAUAUCGAAUCCGAUAAUUAG